GUGGUCGCAUCGCAUCGAGCCUCACUCCGAGAGUCACCUCGAGGCGUCCGAUAGGCAUCGAAAGGCUUUAGCCAUUCCGGGCCGGGCAGUAAGUCACAAACGGUGACCAGAAGAGGUUCGGGUUACAACGAUCGAGUCAGAACUUGUCCGGGAAGUUUCGCUUCGUUUCUACCGUUGUAGUGAAUCGGGAUAUCUAGGUGUGCAGUUUGUUGUUGACAUCUCGGAAUAGUGAAAGCUGCAGUGAAAAAGAGGACAGUGCGUCAACGGACUGGACUUACAGGUGACGAUGUUUGCGACAGUGUUUAUAGUGCUAACCACCGUGAUUGCGUUAGUGGACUCCAUAUCCAUUUCGCCGGACAACAAUCACCACCAUUAUGGGGGUGGUGGCGGUAGCUACGGUCUCCAGCGCUAUGCUGCUCCGAAAGGAGCUGGUCGAUUGCCUUUCCUUGGUCGAGGAGGUGUGGGAGGAGAAGGAGGAGGAGGCCGACACGGAACAGGAUCAAAAGGACCACCGCCGCCACGUCUUACUUCCCGGGUGGAUAAUGCAGUGCUUCUCAGUAAUCAAACGGCAGACCGGAAUCGACGGUUAAUUCCGUACAUGACAUUUUACAUUCCGUCAUCCAACGGUGACUUUAGUCUGCCAAUCAAUCAGGCGUACAAUUAUAUGCCCAUCCGACCUCACCGUCCCCAGGAGCAAUCUCAGCCGCAUCAUUAUACCAGCGCAAAACUGCCAAUCAUGUCACUUCAGCAGCACCAGCGUCAACCACAACAAAGCGGAACAGGGCUUGGUGGUGAUCCACCACUUCUCUAUCAGUCCUAUCAACCACAGAAUCAUCAACCAUCGCGCUAUCAAAGUCCUUCACACUCCCCGGGACCCAUCAAGACUGUCCUGAUAAACAAUUAUCCGGGGAAAUAUGAAUACUCGCAUCGUCCGCAACUUCCACCGCAACCGUCCUCACAACCACCGUCGUACUCCGGAGUUCGCGAGCAGAAUUCAGCUGGUCUGUACGGCAGCAGAGCUCAGUUACCGCAGUAUUCACAACCACCCUCAAAGCUAUACGCCGUUGAAAUACAGCCAUCGAAACCAAAACCAACUGCCUUAUCCGAAGGUCCCGGCUCGGGAAGUUCCUCCGGAGUUGGUUUGAACCUAAUUGUCGUAACACCAGCUUCGUCCAACUACGAUACCAGAAGCCCUUCGAAAUAUCAACCAACUGCCGUCUACGAAAAAUACCAUAUCAAUCCGUUUCUACCAUCAAAUAAAUUACCUGGUCAAUUCACGCCCAUAACCCACAACAGUCCAUCAUCAUCAUCAUCUGCCGGCCAUCAACAAUCACAGGUUGGUGAUGACAGCGAAGACGAAGAAGAAGAAGACACAAGACAAGAUCCGAGACCACCACCUCCAACUACUUACACCCAUCCAAAGUCUACCUACGUACUUGUGAAACCUUCUCCAGAACCCAACCAGUUGUACUAUCACGAGAAACCUCUUAGACCCUCUUCGGGAUCUAGUCACUACGAAACUUACAAGGAAAAACCGAGCUAUCUGCAGGAUCCCGACGUUUUCAAACCGGUUCCCAAACCCGUAACUGUUGCUAAACCCAUCUAUCUCAACGAGCAGGAAAUUUAUAAGCCAGCAUCGAAAUCACAGCUCAACUUACUCAAAUCAAGCUACUUGGAAGGACCCGAAUUCUACAAACAUUCUCCGAAGCCCAUUCCUGUCUACCACGACGAACCGGAAGUGUAUAAGCCGUCUCCGAAACCCAUACCAACCUACCACGACGAUUUGGAUGAGUACAAACCGGUUCCGAAAUCACCUGACCAUGCCCCGAUACCGAUUAAGUUGGAUUACACAACUCCACGCGCGAUCCCACUUCCAGUGCAAUACUCAACACCUCGUCCACAUCCUGGUUCGAUUAAAUACAACACCCAGCCCAGCAGUACCCCUGCUCCACCGUCGUCCUAUUCGACAACCGUACGUCCCAAAUUCUCCGUUCGCCAGAAACCAACUCACAAGCACAGUCGCGGUUCCACGAAAGCUCCCUCCUUGCGACAACAUCUGACUGAGAAUACCAACCCGUCGGAGAUCCGUUCUCCAAGUCCAAGCUACUACGAUCACUACUCCGACUACAAAUCCUACGUCAAACAGAGUUACUAUUCGUCGACCCAGCCCAACUACAUUCCCGCUUCUGAUCCUUCGAAAACCACAAGACUAGUGCUAGCGUCCCAAGAUCUGAAGCCUCGGCCGGUCUAUCAACAUCACAAACCACGACCGGUCACCCCGAGUAGCAUCCUGGAAACGGCUAGCGCUUCCGGUUCGACCUCACUGGCCGAUUUGCUUAAGAAACUACAGGACAGUAAUCACCUGCCAAAAACGUUAACCCCAGACAACAUCGACAACUCGAUUCGAACGCUGGUCAAAAUUCUUAACAAUUUAAAAGCCACACAGCAAAUCCACAAGCCACCCUCGCAGACAUACCCCGACCAAGACUACGACUACCGAACGGAAGUCCGACCGAGUAAACCGAACGAUGAAAAUGACGAUUACGAUGAUUCUACAACUACUGGCCAUGUAAUGCCGCUGCAUCCGGAACUGGGCAAAUCACCUCCCGGACCGAAUUCCGGACGACCUGGCGUUGAUUAUCCGAAUUUGUCUAAAAUUCCUGAAACGAGCUUCAGCUGCAAGGAACAACGCUACAAGGGUUUCUUCGGUGAUCCGGAGACCAACUGUCAGGUGUGGCACUAUUGUGAUCUGAACGGCGGCAAGGCUUCCUUCCUGUGUCCCAACGGAACCAUUUUCAGUCAGGUUGCACUGACUUGUGAUUGGUGGUUUAACGUCAAGUGUUCGACAACCGCGCAGCUGUACGUGCUAAACGAGAGACUGUACAAAUACAUUCUGCCAUUCACUCCGAAGUUCCCGGAGGAUUACAGUGGACCGCUAGUCGAUAAGUACCUUGCCAUCAAGUUUCAAGAAAUGGAAGACAAAAUGAAGAAACAGCGAGCCAAAGGAAAACCGGUAGUCCAACCGUCACUGGAAAAUGAAAAUGACGAACUGAACGGCAACAAACUGGAGGACAAUGACGAUCGCUACAACCAAAAUCAGCCGCAUCCGAUUCAGUACGUCACGGAAAACUCCAUUGAAACCACUGCCGGUUCAGCUUCUGUUUCAACUCCCGUAACGCUGGAGGACAUAAACGCGGACUUCGAACGAACAGGUAAAGCCGGAGAUGAUUUGUCUGAGGAAUCCGGCGGAGGCAGUUUGCCCAUAGUGGUGACAGCGCCGAGUGCUCCGAGCAGCUCGACAGGAGCAGAAGACGACGCGAUUGAUAGCGAGAAAGCUUCCGUCACUGCAUUGAGUUCUGUAGUGAUAGAUGGCAUGCCUCACUAUGUGGCUCCUCAGAGUCCAGAAUCGAUGCGACCUUACGGUGCAGGGGUCAUACACAGCCAACGAGAAGCUCGAAUCGAGGUGAAACAUGACGGCACCAGUGGCCAUCUAACACCAGCUCACGGUUACGUGGAGAAACGACGAAAGUAGUGGUCAUUCCUUCGGAACAACAACGAUUUUCUGUGAAUAGCGCUUUCAGUAGACUCGAUUUUUUUCUGCUAUUUAAUUAAGUUAAACUGGUUGUAUCGGUUUCUGGAAAAUUCUCCUAGUACGAGAAUUUGCACAUAUCCAGAGAUUUUGAGCUAGGUUUUUAGGGAAGAGCAACCAUAAUUAUAUGAGAAAAAAUAAGAUUUUGAGAUUAUAACAGUACAGUUGAUGUACCACCAUGAUAGGAGUUUGCGCGUUGAAGCCGUGUGAAGCCUAGGUAGUGAAAUAAUUUCGUUUCGUUCGCAGUCAUUUGUUUUUUCUCACAAACGUUCUACAUAAGCUUACCAAUUUGUUCUACUCUGUAUCAAAUCGUUCUUAAAUUAUGGCAGAGAGAUUCGUUACCACCUGUUGCGUUCAGCAGUACGCAGAUCAAUCGAUCGAACGACAACAGAAAGAAUCUCCGAGAUAAUCAGUUACCUUUAUUUCUAUACGAUUAGCACAUAAAUUUUGAAUGAAUGCGUGGCAGCGUGUAAGCGAUUAGAAUAACAGAUUUCACGUUUGAACGAAAUAAACUGAACUUUGUUGAAGCUCUAUGCAAAUAAUAUAGUCAACAAACAGCAGGAAGGGACUGAGGUUUCAAAUUAUGAAAUCAAGUGUAUGGCAAGGUAGUAUGCAGAACAACCAGUGCUCGAGCCAUAUUAAUAUCGGUUAUGAUGUACUGGAUAUAUAAUAAAUAACCUAAAAUGUACAUUUUUAAGGAUAAUAAAUACGAAUUAUUCAAAAACUA